UCCAUUUCGAACAGGAUUGAACUGUCAAAAGUUCGUACGAUGCGUCGGGGCCAUCUCUGGCGUCACAAAUCCACUCAUGUAUUCCGGCUUUUAGGCGGCGGCAGACUAUGGUCCAGCCUUCUGCUUCCGUUUCUAGCCUCUAUGUGUAUAGCAUUGCUAGCUCUCUCCCUUCGUGACCCUGAACCCACGUUUUAUUCCAGCUGGGGCACGUCCUCCCAGCUUCUGCUCCAGUUCACCCGGUCAUCCUUCACUACGAAAGGUAUCAUCUUCACUGCCUGGUUUGCCAACACGCCCCAAGUAUUGCUCUCUAUCGCUUACUUCAGCAUCAACCGUCUCUGCACCUCCAUUUGCAGCGUUAUCGAAUGGAAUAACUUCGGCCUCCACAGAAAAGGUCUCCGUGUUUCCUCACCUUCCCACCUCCAACGGAAAACCCACUUCCUCCAAAUUCCCUGGCGCUGGUCCCUCCCACUAACCUGUACAUCGGGCUUCCUACACUGGCUCCUAUCGCAGACGUUAUUCCUCGUCCGCUUCGAAAAGCGCAGAGUCGACGGAUCGUUGUAUCCUGAUGAGUCGAAAUGUGCAUGUGGGUACUCACCGUUGAGUUUCCUCAUCUUCACGCUUUGCUUUCUGGGAUUGUUGCUGGUGCUGCUGUGGAUUGUACUCAGGAGGGUUACGGCGUGGAUGCCACCGGCGGGUCAUAGCAGCUUGGUUAUUAGUGCAGCGUGCCGGCCGCCUGAUGAGGACAUGUAUGCGCACUGGGGGAAGGUCAAGUGGGGAUUAGUAGUUAAGGGAGUAGGGUGCGAAGAGGAGAAGGUGUGGUGUAGCUUCACGAGCGGAUCUGUCCGCCUACCUCUAGGCGUUGAUGAUGACUAAAAGGCAGAAGGGGAAGAAUGAGGCACCCAGUCCAAUGGUUCAAUGAGAUCAGAACAACCAAUCAAUCUGAAUCAUAGCAGACUGUAUUUCACGAUAGCUACUAGUGAUUAGAC